GAGUUUUUAAUUCUCCACAGAGAGAGAGAGUCAUAAAAAAGUUAAAAACUCAAUGACUCACGUGCGUUACACGUGGCCAGUGAGAUCAUACAGCUCACUUCCAUCUUCCGACUUCCACUUCUCUUCAACAAAUCCGCACACACUCUCUCUCUCUCGCUCUCGCUCUCGCUCUCUCAGACAUUUACACCUUUUUUUUCCCACCUUUUCUUAGGACCUUCAACAGCCACUCGCUCUCUAACCAAAACAAGAAGAAGAAGAAGACCCACAAUCACAGUGACCAAAAACCAUCUGAGCCUGAACUUGAACACAUUGCGUCAAACCCCAUCACUUAGUUUCGGCAAGAUUAACAGUCAAUGGGAGUUUGUACCUCAAAGCCACCAAAACCAAACCCAUAUGCUGCAAGAGACCCAAAUGAUCCUUCACAAACCCCAAAAUCGCAACCAACUCCUCUCUCAACCACCACCACCCCUCACCACCACCGAAAAGAUGACGCGACUCCCCGAAAGCAGUCGCCUUUCUUCCCUUUCUACAGCCCCAGCCCUGCCCAUUACCUCAAAAAGUCUCCGGCGGCCAGCAAAAGCGCCAGUUCCACACCCAGGCGGUUUUUCCGGCGGCCGUUCCCGCCGCCGUCGCCGGCGAAGCACAUAAGGGCGGUGCUGGCUAGGCGGCACGGUAAGAAGGCGGCGUCGGCUAUACCGGAGGAAGGGGAGGAGGAAGGUGGGGUGGAGCUGGAUAAGAGGUUUGGGUUCUCAAAGGAGUUCACGAGCAGAUUGGAGGUUGGGGAAGAGGUGGGUCGAGGGCAUUUUGGGUAUACUUGUUCUGCUAGGUUCAAGAAAGGUGAGUUUAAGGGCCAGCAAGUUGCUGUCAAGGUCAUCCCUAAAGCCAAGAUGACAACAGCUAUUGCAAUUGAGGAUGUGAGAAGGGAGGUGAAAAUAUUGCGAGCUUUGACAGGACACAACAAUCUAGUGCAGUUCUAUGAUGCAUUUGAGGACAGUGAUAAUGUCUACAUAGUAAUGGAGUUGUGUGAAGGAGGGGAACUUCUAGAUAGAAUACUUUCAAGGGGUGGAAAAUACACAGAAGAUGAUGCAAAGACUGUCAUUGUACAGAUACUAAAUGUUGUUGCAUUUUGUCAUCUUCAGGGUGUGGUUCACCGUGAUCUUAAACCAGAGAACUUUCUGUAUACUUCUAAGGAUGAGAAUUCAAAGUUGAAAGCAAUAGAUUUCGGCUUAUCAGAUUUUGUAAAACCAGAUGAAAGGCUUAAUGAUAUUGUGGGAAGUGCAUACUAUGUGGCACCCGAGGUUUUACAUAGAUCUUAUGGUACGGAGGCUGAUGUAUGGAGCAUUGGUGUGAUAGCAUAUAUUCUACUAUGUGGUAGUCGUCCAUUUUGGGCCCGGACUGAGUCUGGGAUUUUUCGGGCAGUCUUGAAAGCCGAUCCUAGUUUUGAUGAGGCACCAUGGCCUUCUUUAUCUUUAGAGGCAAAGGACUUUGUCAAGCGCCUAUUGAAUAAGGACCCACGGAAGCGAAUGACAGCUGCUCAGGCUUUAAGUCAUCCUUGGAUCAGAAAUUAUAAUGAUGUAAAAGUGCCUCUUGAUAUUUUAAUUUUUAGGCUCAUGAAGGCCUACAUAAGAUCAUCAUCCUUGCGAAAGGCAGCUUUAAGGUCCUUGUCCAAGACAUUGACCGUGGAUGAACUCUUUUAUCUGAAGGAGCAGUUUGCACUACUGGAGCCAAACAGAAAUGGCACCAUAACCUUAGACAAUAUAAAAACAGCCCUGAUGAAAAAUGCAACAGAUGCAAUGAAGGAAUCUCGCAUUGCUGACGUUUUUGCAUCGCUAAAUGCACUUCAAUACAGAAGAAUGGAUUUUGAAGAGUUUUGUGCAGCUGCAUUAAGUGUCCAUCAGUUGGAGGCCCUUGAUCGGUGGGAACAACAUGCCCGAUGUGCGUAUGAACUUUUCGAGAAGGAUGGAAACAGAGCUAUUGUCAUUGAAGAACUUGCUUCGGAACUUGGGCUUGGUCCUUCAAUCCCACUUCAUGUGGUUCUUCACGACUGGAUAAGACACACUGAUGGGAAACUUAGCUUCCUUGGGUUUGUCAAAUUGUUGCAUGGUGUAUCAAGCCGGACCUUUGUGAAGGCACAAUGAAGAUAAAAAUACACGACCUUGAAGAAGUUCUGGAUUUUUACUAAGCAUGUUGGCCUUUGCUUUGAUGUGCUGCUGCAUCUAUUUCUUGAUAUUUGAGGAUUGAUGGUCUGGCGAGUUCCCUCAAGACAAGGGAAGCCAAUUCUUUGAAGAGGCACUUUGAUCAAUCCUCCAAAACUGCAGGGUUGGUCAUUGCUUUGGUUUGAAAGCCAUCGAAGCUAUUUUGAUACUCCAGUGUAAAGUGGUAGCUAGUUUGCCCAUAUGGGUAAUAACGUUUUCUUUCCAACUCCAUAUUUGAUGCUCUGUAGUCUCUCUAUACAUGCUCCAUUGAUGUCUCUCCAGUGUCAGUCUAUCUAUCUAUUCUGAGUGAAGUAAUUAUUGUUUUCUGCCCUUAAUUUAUUUGAAGUAUUAACUUAA